CUUAGAGCCGCACGCGACGUGUCCCAAACCACCACACUCCCCAGAUACACAUCACCAUGUCUACCGGCAACAGGAAAGAGCGACGCGCCAAGGAGUCCAAAGCAAGCGCGAAUGGCAAGGGAAGCGGCUUCCAGCCCACCAACGAGAUCGAUGAAGAUGGCGUCGAGAUGAUUCUGAAGCAUCCCGACUUCUCCAAGCCAACGGGCAAGACACUUUUCGACUUGGCCGAAGAGAGGCAGCGAGAACUAGACAAGAUAAACGGUAGAACGCGAGUUGUCAAAGUGCCAGUAACGUCCACACCUGCAUCGCCUGACGAUGUUCCUCCGAUCGGCCCCCUCGGAGACUCCAUCCUCUACUCCAUCUCCAUGGCAAUCCUCCACCUUACCCUCGACGUCCUCGUAUACAGCCAAUACCGGGAGGAUAUACUCUGGAACGAGAUCAUGUGGCGAGCUUUUGCAGCGUGGCCCAUAUUCAUCCUAGCAGUCUACCUCACCCACGUCGACUUUGCAUACCGAUUUCCCAUACUUAGAGACGCUACAUUCUUUGGAGGAUCUGUCGUUGCGGGGUGCUAUCUGAUAUACUCUGGCAACAAACACGGCUACUUCUACGUCAUGAAGUCAGCUCCUCCAGUUGGUACGCUCUGGAUCUGGAGCGUUGUGGAGAUGAGUCUGCCAUUUGCGGCCACAAGCGUGGCUGCUGUGCUUGGAUACAUCUGGUGGAAUGGGUUUGAGUUCUUCUAGAGCCGUCGCAACCGCAGUUCACAUGGGCAUACCGUACACGGAGUGAGCUACGUCCACUGCUGACUGGUAUCAUUUACGCGUACGCAUGUGUCACUAACGAGCAAAUGGAAUAUUCUGAGAGCUUCAUCGGUGUUCAGUUCUCCUUCAGCCUGCAGCGUUGCCACUCGUAACAGCGAAGUAACAACACACCUGGGCAUCUACAUGUACUCUCACGUGAGAAAUCUAACGCUGCUCGGC